UCUAUUCACUAUUUGGCAACCCAGACCGAGUCUAAACAAUGAAAACUCAGUUCCACUGUCAUGUCCUCUAGGUUUGUCAAUCGAAUUAAAUAAAAACGGAAUAUAAAUCUUUUUAAAAAAAGAAUGAAUAUCGGCUGCAGUUCGCCUAUUAAAAACGGAUUAAUUUACGCAGGAUUUAAUCAGGAUCAAGGAUGUUUUGCUUGCGGAACAGAAACCGGGUUCCGAAUAUACAACUGCGAUCCUUUAAGGGAGAAAGAGAGACAACAUUUUGUUGAUGGUGGUGGAGUGGCACAUGUCGAAAUGCUUUUCAGGUGCAACUACUUGGCACUUGUAGGGGGAGGAAAUCAACCAAAAUAUCCCAUAAAUAAAGUAUUGAUCUGGGAUGACCUUCAAAAACGACCAGUGAUAGAAAUUGAACAGUCCAGUCCAAUCAAAUCAGUACGAUUGAGGAGGGAUAGGAUUGUUGUUGUGCUGGAUACCAUGGUGAAGGUCUACACAUUCACACUUAUCCCACAACAGCUACAUGUAUUCGAAACCUGUGCAAAUCCUUGUGGGUUGUGUACCCUCUGUCCCAGCAGCACUAACUCACUAUUAGCACUUCCAGGCCGUAAGCCAGGUCAAGUGCAACUCAUAGACUUGGCUCGGACAGAAAAGGCUCCAGUUGAAAUAGUAGCCCACCAAGCUGCCCUUUCCUGUUUGGCUCUCAAUUCUCAAGGCACUCGGUUAGCAACAGCAUCUGAAAAGGGCACACUUAUUAGGAUAUUUGACACAUCAUCAGGUAAUCUGAUAAGCGAACUAAGACGAGGUGCUCAACCAGCCACAAUCUAUUGUUUGAAUUUCAAUUCUGAUUCAUCGCUGCUUUGUGCGGCAAGCGACCACGGAACAGUCCACAUUUUCGCGGUCGAAGAUUCCAAAAAGAAUCGACACUCUUCAUUGUCGGUGAGUUUUCUUCCCAAAUACUUUUCGUCGCAGUGGUCCUUCACAAAAUUCGACAUCCCAGGUAGCCAUAAGUGUAUCUGUGCCUUUGGAGCGGAACCCAACUCAGUGAUAGCUAUUUGUGCUGAUGGAUCGUACUACCGCUUCGUAUUCAACUCCAAGGGCGAAUGCACUCGUGACAAAUACGCCCAAUUCUUGGAAACGGACGCCAACGAUUGAGAAAUGCUGGACGGAGAGAAGCGUCCAUAUUAUUCCACCUUUUUUGUACAGUACUACGCGCGCCAUGACGUUUAUUUAGAUGAUGCAUUCAUAACUUGUAUAAGAGAUGCUAGAUGGAUACCAAACUAUCUACUUUAUAGUCUCUAGCCACAUUUCAACGUCAUACUCAUUUCAGAGGUGAUCAUUUAUUAAACAACAACAGCAGACGCAGCAUUCAAUAUGUCAAAUUGUACGCCCGAGUCAUUCUCUCCCUUUUGAUCCCACACUUGUGUCCGGCGAAAUUUGUUGGUCACCCAGAAAAACCAAACAAAUGAUGGUCUUUUUUUUUCGUUUUUGCUAUUAAAGAAAAGUGCGGGUAUAAAAUUUCUUGAUAAGAGAACAAACAUUUUCCUUUGACGGUUUUUGUUUAUUCGAUUUGGACGUUUUCCAUUUCUUUUGUUGUUGCGCUUGAAUCUAUUAGUUUUUGCUCCCGUUAUCAUGUCCCUCUUUUUUUUUUUUUGGUCGAUUUGAAACAAAAAAUACACGUGAAAUAUAUUUCAA